AUGAAGAAGAUGACGCCGUACCAGAAGCAGGCCUACCGAAAUCAGCGCAAGGCGGAGAAGAAGCACGCAAAGGCGCAGAGGAAGGCGGACAAAGCACACCGAAAGGCGGAGAAGACGGAGGCCAAGUUCACCAAGCGAGCCGACAAGCUCACGAGCAAGGCCAACGUGUCCGCGGAAAAAGCGCACACGAAGGUGAUGAAAGCUGCAGACAAGGCGCACAUUAAGGCUGUGAAGAAGACGGCCAAGGCGCAGAAGAAGGCGGAGAUCGCGACGGCGCGAGCGAACGCGAAGGCCCGCGCGGCGCAGGCUACCGCCCAGAUCGCUUCCCACCGGAUAGGCAUCAAGUCCUCCUCGCCUUCUAUCACGACGCCGCCGAUCGUCAUGCGUUCGACCUCGGAGAGGUCUCAGCCCCACUCGCACUCAUCGCCUACCGCGGGACCGAUGCGCCCACGCCGCGUCACUACCGUCGAGAGCAGCACGCCUAGUCGCCCACCCUCCCGUGAGCCGGAUACGCAGCGCAGCCACAGCUAUGCUGGACACAUGCCGCAGCCGUCUCCCACGGCUGACGUGCCUCCGCUGCCCUCGCACAGUCUGAGUGCUCAGCACAUUCCGCAAUCCUCAUCGUCGGCUCCGCAACUUCCAGAGCUUUUCCAAUCGGAGAAGCGACAGCAGUCUCGUCGUUCUGAGCUCGAGGAUGAGUAUGCCCAGCUCGAGCUUGACCGGAUCCAGCUCGAUCGCGAUGUCGUCGAUCGCCAGAUCAACGACCUCUACGCUGGAAUCGGCAAGCUUCAGCUUGACUCGAGGAGGAACUCUGAGUGA